UCAUUAACUUGGCACAUUGGCAUUCAACAAAACGUGAACGGAGCUGUGUGUGCACGUUAAUUUUUUUUCAUAAAAUAUUUAAAUUUAGGUUGGUGAACAAAAAAUUCGAUAAUUGCCCACAACGUGUGAAUAACAAUAAAAUAAUAAUACAACAAAAGAUUGAAACAAAUUGGCGAAUAUCAAAAAUAUCCAAACUCUGGUGCAACCAACCGCAGACAGAUUUGUGGUGUACGUGACUUUUGUGCUUCUUGCAAUGGUGGCCAACAUAUUUACAAGUAAAGACCAAAAAUAUUAGCAACAACAACAUAGCCUACAUAGAUGUUUGUGUUAUAGCUCGCUUCUAAUGCUCAUUAGAGAUAAAGGUUGAUGUAACGACAGAGGUCAUUUGAUGCCAAGAGAAAGACGUUUCGUGUAAAGAAAAGAAAAAGGGAUAUAUUUACAUAAAAAUAAAAGAAAUUGACAUUUAUUUUCGUUACCAACUACAACAAACCAAAUAAAGUGCAUUGAUAACAAUUAAAUAGCAACAGACAAAGAAUCUUAUAUUUGUCGACGUCAGUAUUGAAAACGGUGAUAAGUUCAAUUUGAAUAACCUUGCUGCUUGCGCCCCUCCACCGCCAAGAAUUGUUUGCAAUCGUUACCGUCUGCAUUUUUUUAUUUUUGUAUUGCCUUCCUGGUUACAAAAAAUCGGAUACGGAAAACAAUUUAAGUUUGGAUCUUAACGUUGCUGAUUUAAAAACCAGCGUUUAAAAGCUACCAUCAUGUUGGACAUAGUCCAACCAAAUGCUGACAUAACCAGCGCCAUGCCACAAACAAUUUCUGCAAUUUCGGACACCUCUACCGAUGUUGUGGUAGUAAGGGCUAAACCAAAAAAAGUUUUUAAGCCGAAGGCCCGCUUGAAUCGCAUACCUCAGGCAUUGCUUGAUGAUCCUUUGCUACAAAAGGCCAUAGAUCGCUUACCGGCAAAUUACAAUUUUGAGAUACACAAGACAAUAUGGCGCAUCAAGGAGAUGAAAGCGAAACGUGUUGCCCUGCAAUUGCCCGAAGGUCUUCUCAUGUAUGCUAUGGUUAUCAGUGAUAUUAUCGAAACAUUUACACAGGCUGACACCGUUAUAAUGGGCGAUGUGACUUAUGGAGCUUGUUGUGUUGAUGACUAUACUGCCAAAGCCUUGGGAGCUGAAUUGUUGGUACAUUACGGUCACAGCUGUUUAAUACCCGUUGACCAGACUGAGGGCAUUAAAGUUUUGUAUGUGUUUGUAGACAUAAAAAUUGAUCCCCUGCAUUUCUUGGAUUCCGUAAAAGUUAAUUUCAAACCUGAAGAUGGACAGAUGGCCUUGGUUAGUACCAUACAAUUUGUGACAACAUUACAAGCAGCUUCACAAGAACUUAAAGCGGCCGGUUAUGAUGUGAUUGUUCCCCAGGCAAAACCUUUAAGCCCUGGAGAAAUAUUGGGCUGCACCUCUCCCACGCUGCCUGAUAGCACAAAGCUGAUUAUUUACCUGGGAGAUGGGAGAUUUCAUUUGGAAUCAGCCAUGAUAGCAAAUCCCAAAAUAAAGGCCUACAAAUACGACCCAUAUGAGAAAAAAUUCACCAUUGAGGAAUACGAUCACAAAGUUAUGCAAGAAAUGCGCUACUCAGAAAUUGACAAAGCCAAAAAUGCCAGGAAAAUCGGCAUAAUUUUGGGCACAUUGGGUCGCCAAGGUAGUGCAAGAGUUCACAAAUUCCUAGAAAAACGCAUUAAAGCCAAAGGAUUUGAAUGUACCACAAUACUGCUCUCUGAAAUAUUCCCCCAAAAAUUAGACUUGUUCCAUGACAUCGAUGCUUUUGUACAAAUAGCCUGCCCUCGCCUAUCCAUUGACUGGGGUUCAGCUUUUACCAAGCCCUUAUUGAACCCCUAUGAAUUAUCCGUCGUUUUGGAAGAUGUCGAAUAUACACCACAUAAUAAAGCACCCAAACAAGACUCAUACCCUAUGGACUUCUAUGCCAGCGGUAGUUUAGGACCCUGGACACCCAAUUUUAAACCCCCAGCAUUGGGUGAAUGUGAAAAUAAACCUUCAGCUGCCUGUUGUGGUCGUUGUACUCGAGCCGAACUGGAGAAAGAUGAUAGCGAUUCGAUGAAACAAGCGGCUAUUGAUGAUAUUUUAGACUUUAAAAAGGGAUAGAGAUUCUAUUGGGGAAGCAUCGGUUGCAACUUGCGUAAGACUUCCAUUGGUUUUUAUAUCUCACUGGGUUGAUAAACCACACAGCAUAUAAAUGUGAUUCGCUAUUGCUUUAAUAAGAUCUAACCUAUUGGAGGGUAUAUGAAUCAUGCUUUUGUAAAUAUAUAUUUCUUAUGUUUAUUGGAGACUUAAUCUCUAGCUUAAACACACCUGUUUUCAAACAAUUUUAUUUUGUUUUGGUAUUCUCAUUUUAUACUCCUUAGAAACAAAAAAAGUUUUAGUUACAAUUUUUGUAUGUAUUUUAUUUAAAAUCAAAUAUAUAAUUAGGUUAUUUCGUUUUUUUAAUUUUUGCCCAGAAGCAAAACAAGCUAAAUAAAAUAUAAGUGAUAAUGCACAUUCGUAUAUAUCGAUUUGUUUAAUUAGCACUACAUGGACAGCGGAAGUAUGUGGUGUGAAAAGAGAGAGAAAGAGAGUAUCCAGCUUAUUUAGCCAGAUAAAUAAAUUGGAAGUUAAUUUAAACAAACAGCAAUGUAUGUACUUCCAAAAAU